UGACCGCCCGUUUCUCCCCUCUUCUCCGCGAGCGCCGCCGCAGUAGAACCCGGCCCGGUGGUAACCCACCGCCGCAAGCAUCCCACCGCGCCGAGCUACGCGACGGACGCGGCGCGCGGCCCACAGACCCAACCGCAGCGGCAACAACCGCUCUAUAAAGCAAUCCCCCCACCUACCGGCUCCGCGGCCUCGCUCGCUGCGCUUCGCUUUCCCCUCAAAUCCACCGCGGACUCGAGCUUUGCUCGGAGGAGACGAGACGACCCAAGACUUGCUCAGCUCCCCCCUUUGCUUCCUGCGCAAUCCCUGCGGCAGCGCCUUUUCUUUCAUUCAAUGGACAGCGACUACGUUGCCAGCCUGCUCAUGGGCUCAUCCGCCCAUGCGCUCGACUUCGCCGCGCUGGACACCGGGUUCCUCGACACGCUCUGCGGCGGCGCCGGCCUCUUUGGGGUGCCCGGGGUCGCCGCGGGGACUGGGUGUGGCAGCGGCGGCGGCGGCGGGUCCCCGGAGGGGUCCUCGGUGUCCGACCCGGCGUGGGCGCGCGCCAGCGACGGCGGCAAUGCCAGGAAGCGCAAGGCGCCGCCCACGGGGUCCGCCGGCGGGAAGGAGACCUGCUUGGGCAAGGCUGCGGAGGCCAAGGUUCCGGACGGGAAGAGGUGCAGAGUGGGCGCUAGCGACAGUCCGGUGAAGCCCAAGGUAGAGGAGGCGGCGGCGAGCGACGCCUCGGUUGAAGUCAAAGGGCAGAAGAAGGGCAAGGGGAAGAGCCCGAAGCCGGCAGUCGAACCACCCAAAGACUACGUCCAUGUCCGGGCACGGCGAGGUCAGGCAACUGACAGCCACAGCCUUGCAGAGAGGGUUAGAAGAGAGAAGAUUAGCCAGAGGAUGAAGUUUCUACAGGACCUAGUGCCAGGAUGCAACAAGGUGGUUGGCAAGGCACUCAUGCUCGAUGAGAUCAUAAACUACGUGCAAUCGCUGCAGCAGCAAGUUGAGUUCCUGUCCAUGAAGCUUGCCACUGUGAACCCGCAACUUAAUUUCAGCAACCUGUCGACUCUCCUACACAAAGAUAUGUACCAACCAUGUGGCCCAUCAGCUAAUUCGGUCUUUCCAUUGGAAAGUGCCGGUGCAGCUUUUCCAUUUUGUGACCAAGGGGAUCUUUUCCAGAACUUUGGUUCGGGUGCUAUGGAGGAUCAGUGCUCUCUAAGUCUGUUAGACACGGCUCUACCCCACACGGCCAACCCACAGUUUGCUUUUCAAAAGCAGCAAAGGGACUUCUGGGAGGAUGGCCUACAGAAUGCUUUGCCUACCGGUAGUGAGCAAAGACAGGAGGAUGGGCUUUUAGUACCGAACUUUGAUGGUCAGUUACAAGCUGAUCAGGCAAAGAUUGAGUUCUAGUCCCUGGUGAUCUCCAAGGUUGAUAUUUUUGUAUAUAGGCGGUACGAAGAAGACCUGUGGCAAGCAAAGCUCUCCUAAGCUGACCAUCAUUAGAGUUUAGGCCUCCAAACUGAUUCAUUCUGUGAUAUGCUGGAUGUUUGGCAACUCGAUUCUUCCCAUAGAGACCUUGUGAUCGAUCUCGCAAAAUUGAAGUAGAUUGUGUACUAGAUAUGGUGCAAAUAUUACAUGCACCAUCUUCUAAAGUUCUACUAAUAUGUAAGAGCGCUGGCUGGUAUUGGGACGAUGCCGUGUUACUGUUUGUUGCAUUUUUAUCUUAUGAUGACGAAAGUACAAGUAUGAGAUAUUUCUCCUGGGCUAA